AAACUGCGUGUGAGUUUGUAUUUGUUUCCUUUCUUCGAAAAAGAAAAAAUUUUUAAUUAAAAAAGAAAAGAAAAAGAAAAGAAAAUAAAAGCUGCCAUCUAAAAUCGAUAGUCAAUGCGAUGGGGUUGAAAUUACAUAGCAUCGCCCGGCCACCGGCCGGUUGUGAGCGCUACACUACAAAGCAGAGAAGGAAGAAGACGAAUAAGAUGGAGAAGUGAAAAGCGGUGAUGAGGUCGGGGCGAUGAUGGGCUGUUGAUUUCAUGAUAAUUCGACUGCUCCUCCUUCUCGCGAUAUUCCUGAUCGUCUGGGCUUCGCUCGCGCCUCUAUUGAUCAGGUUCCCCUCAUUUUAUCUCCGUUCUUCAUUCGCGUCGUGUUCUUGAAAUUCAUUCAGCCGGCAAAAUAAGGAUGCCGAAGCUAAUUGGAAAAUGCAGCUGGACAUCAAGAACUAAAUUUCAGCAACUUAUAUUUCCCAAUUGUAAGACGGGGUUUGGUUAUCAAACUGAAUUUGAUUUGGAGUUGGCGAGAAAGGUAGACAUAUCUUGGCUUUGUGACAAAGGGAAAGUAAUAUUUGAUGUGGAGAGAGUAUAUGCUCUAUCUGGAAUGCAGUGCAUCUCUUUAGCGUUUGGCAUCACAUUUUCAGCUCUUUGGCAGCCUAUAAGUGCUUUGCAAGGGGUUGGAUGGGGUAAGCUGGACACAGUAGAUGAUUAUUUCUUUGUUCGGGCAAACUACUCUGCUUGGUCUGUGAAGAUGAAUGCCCACCUAAGGGCAUUUGAUCUUUGGGACAUUGUUGAAAAUGAUAGGGAACCUGCAGCCUUGUCGGAAAACCCAACCUUGAAUCAAAUCAAGAGGCAUAUAGAAGAGUUUACAAAGAGUUACAAGGCUCUUACGUGUAUCCAUAGGACUGUGUUAGAUGAAAUUUUCAACAGAAUUAUUACUUGUGAGACAGCAAAGGAAGUCUGGGACACAAUCAAAGAAGAGUUCCAAGGAGAUCAAAAAACCAAGGAGAUGCAGAUUAAUAACUUGAGAAGGGAGUUUGAGGUGUUCAGGAUGAAAGAAACAAAGACAGUGAAGGAAUACUCAGAUCGAGUGAUGAAGACAAUGAACCAAAUAAGGGUACUUGGUGGAGAACUGAAAGACAAAAGGGUUGUUGAAAAAGUUCUUGUCAGCCUACCAAAAAAAUUUGAGCACAAAAUCUCCUCGUUGGAAGAUUUGAAGGAUCUUUCAAAGAUGACUUUGAGUGAGCUUGUUGGUUUUCUUCAAGUUGUUGAGCAAAGAAAGGCUAUUAGACAAGAAAUCACGUCUGAAGGAGCUUUCCCUGUGACAGAAAAAGGAAAAGCUCAAGUGAAAGAAGAUGACACUCAAGUGAUAAAUGGAGGUAAAAAGCAGUUCAACAAUAGGAAAGGAAAAGAAAAGAAAAGAAAAGAUAGACAAGCUAAAGUUGCUGAAAUUGUUGAUGAAGAUGAAGAGAAGUUGUUCAUGGCAUCAAAGAUUGAGAAGAAUUGUGUUGCUACAGUGAAUGGUGAUUUAUGGUUAAUGGAUAGUGGUUGCAUAAACCAUAUGACACCAAAUUUGAGUAUCUUUAAAAGCAUUGACAAAAGUUACUCAUCCAAAGUCAAAUUAGGAAAUGGAGAUCUGGUGCAAGUGAAAGGCAAAGGUGGCCAUGGCAUAAAAAACCAACUCACAAUACCAUACAAUCCUCAGCAAAAUGGUGUCUAUGAGAGGAAAAACAGAUCAGUUAUGAAUAUGGCCUGGUGUCUUAUGUUCGAGAAGAAUUUGCCAAGAAAAUUUUGGGCCGAGGCUGUAAAUACUUCUGUAUAUCUACUCAACAGAGUUCAAACAAAGGCACUUGAUCUCCAGUUUGAGGAUUUCUUGAAGGGCCAUGGCAUAAAACACCAACUCACAGUACCAUACAAUCCUCAGCAAAAUGGUGUCUGUUAUAGCAGUCAAUCAAAGGGCUAUAGGGUGUUUAAUGUGAGAACCGGAAAGAUUGAAGUCAAUAGAGAUGUGAAGUUUAACGAAGCUGCAACUUGGAAUUGGGAGAAUUUAGAAGUUAUAUCUUCUGAGACUAUUUUUGAAGAUGAAAUUGAUGAGGAUUAUGUAGUUAGAGGUACUAGAUCACUGGCUGAUAUCUAUGAAAGGUGCAAUGUUAGUGUUGUUGAACCUCCAAAUUUUUAUGAAACUAUGAAGUCAGAGGUCUGGAGAGCUGCAGUGCUGGAGGAGUUCAAUAUGAUUCAGAAAAAUGAUACAUGCAAUGAGAAGUUGAUUCAACAGUUCCAAGUUGAAAUGAAGAAGGAAUUUGAAAUGAAUGACUUAGGGAAAAUGUCCUACUUUCUUGAAAUGGAAAUUAGUCAGAACAGUCAAGCCAGCACACCUAUUGUUCCUUGUGAGAAGCUAAGAAGUGAUGAUGGCGCAGCUAAAAUUGAUGCAAGAAUAUACCGUAGUUUAAUUGGGAGAUUGUUAUAUUUAUCAGCAACUAGACCUAAUAUAAUGCAUUCAGUGAGCCUUAUGUCUAGGUUUAUGCACUCUCCCAGUGAAAUACACUUCAAGGCAACCGAGAGGAUCCUGAGGUAUGUGAAGGGAACGACUGAUUUUGGUGUUCUUUAUAAAAGGUCAAUAAAUGUGAAGUUAAUUGGAUUCACAGAUAGUGAUUGGGCUGGUUCAGAGGAAGACAUGAAGAGCACCUCAGAACAAUGUUUUUCUAUUGGUUUAGGGGUGAUUAGUUGGAGUUCUAAGAAGCAAGACUUGGUUGCCAAGUCAAUAGCGGAAGCUGAGUACAUUGCUGCUUCUCUUGCUAUAGAUCAAGUUGCGUGGUUAAGGAAACUGAUUAAUGAUUUAAAACAACCUCAGAUACAUCCUACUGAGUUGUUUUGUGAUAAUUUAUCUACUGUUGCAGUUGUUAAGAAUCAUGUUCUUCAUGAUGACCAGAUUGCUGAUAUAUUCACUAAAGGAUUGUACAAGUGCAAAUUUGAGAACCCAAGAGACAAGCUCGGGAUGAGCAGCAUUAGUGUCAAGGAGGAGUGAAAACAGCAAUGCAAGGAAUGGAUGCUAAUAAUGACACAAAUGCUAUCACGUUAUUUUAGAGUUUUUUUUAGCUGUUAUUUGUUUGUUUUAUGAUCAAUUUGUUUCUUUGAAGUAAUGCAGUUAAAUUUUAGUUUUCAUCAGUUUUUUUUUAUUAGUUUCUUUUAUUUCCUUGUAAAAAGGCAGAUUUGUUCAAUGGAAAAUUUCAAUUCUGCACUUAUUAGAUCUUCAUCUGUUUGUUCAAAAAACUAACACUCAAGUUCAUUUAUCCAAACUUGACUUUGAUAUUUUGCAGGUUUUGAACCUUAUAAAGACAGUAAAGGAGAUCUUCUUGGUCCCCAGCUGCUCUUCAUUGCCCUUAAUUUGGGGGGUCUAGCUCUUGGUGUUUGGAGGUUGAGAUAUAUUUACCUACUAAUUUAAAAUGGCUGUCUCUCAAAAUGGAUAUUACUGGAAGGGAGGAUAAAGGAAAAGGUAAGAAGAUUUAUUGAGUAAACUUUGCUGCCUCCAGUAUUCUCAAUUUUUCAUAUUUAAUUCAAUUUUGGUAGCUUAACACACUGGGGCUUCUUCCGACGCAUGCAUCAGGCUGGGUUUCAUCAUUAUCCCCUGCCCAGGUUUGACAUUUCUUCCUCUUGCUUCCUUUGUAAUUGAUAUUUUCAUUUCCUUGGUAGAAAUAAAAUCUUUGGGUGUUAAGGGGUGGGGGUGGAAAGGGCAAACAUUCUCUUUUUGUUCAAAAUAAGAUGGCUUCCUGAUAUGAAAGACAAUCAUCAUAGGAAUAACUUUUGAAUUGGGCUUACUAAUAGAGGUUCGGUACACAGGAAACUUUUAUGUUCCUUUUUCUUUUGUUAAUUCCAUUUUUGAUAUCUUUCUAGUGGGGCAGAAGGUUCUCAGAAUGUUGUUGUUGUUGUUGUUGUUGUUUUGGCUGUACAGAAUCAAUGUUAUUUACUAAAUAAGAUCUGUGACUCUGU